GGCUCGUCUUCUGGGUGGCAAUGAGUGCGCGGCAGCAGGCCAACCUCGAGGUUCUGGACGGCGACCUUGGCAUGGCGCCCUGGGGCAGGGUCAAGCUGGUCAAGAUCAGCCACGUCACCGUCGACGACUUCCUGGAUGCGAGCAGCCAGAAGACGUUCACGGAAGUGCACGACUUCCGCAUCCACCCGACCGAUCCUAGCCACAUAUAUGUGAGCACGGACAGCGGCACAAUUAUCCACUGUACACGCCAAGGCAUCAGGGCUACGCCACGCAUGUUCCGUCCAGAAAUAGACCUGUCGGUGCCGGUGCAGUGCCUGGCGUUCUGCCCGUUCGACCAGCCGUACCUGCUGGCUGGCGGUGCGGACGGCUCGCUGCGGCUGCACACCACCUCGGGCGACCGGCCCCUCAUCACCUGGAACAACGCGACGGCCGGCGCGCCCGUGCUGGCGCUCGGCUGGUCUCGCUCGCGGCCCUGCGUCUUCUUCGUGCUCGACGCCGACUCAAAGAUCCACGUGUGGGACCUGAGCGCCGGCGACAUAUUCCCGGCCGAGACGGACGAGGUCAAGUCGGGCCAGGUCACCGCCAUGGACCUCAGCUACGGCGCGGAGGGCGACAAGCCCGUCACCCACCUGGCCGUGUGCACGGACGCCGGCACUGUUGAGGUGCACAGGAUCUCUGAGACCUACACCGGCGCCACGGACGAGGCGGCAAGCACCGAGAUGGAGCAGUUCCUGCACUACGUCCAGAUCAUAUGAGAUGGUCGGAGCGGGACGGAACCGCAGCGGCGCGGACGCCGCCCAGCGGACGUGCGAGGGCGGCGGCUCGAAGCGGGUCGCCGACGAUUCGCCGCGGUCGCCUCGCGUGUGCUGGGCGCGCACCCGGCUAGCGCACCUUUAUACGCCCUCAGCAGCCGCUGCUGACCGCAGCACACUCGGGCCGUCCGUCGGCUUUGGCUGUUGUAGAAGUGUGUAAACCGUCGACGGGGGUGAGACGUUGCCGAUUUGCGUGAGAUUUAUGCUGGGUGCCUGGACUUGGAGGACGCGAGACCUCCACUGCAGUCUGGGGCCAGAGAGACGCGCUGGAUUGGCUCACAUGCAGGCAGGCAGAGUUUCAAGCAGGGGAUGUCGUUCUUUCACGGGGAAGUGGGAAAACAGUGAUAUUGCUGCUGGCCGAAGCUAUAUAUCAAGCUGUAAGCAGCGUUUUAUUUGCUGACACGAUGCGUAAUCGUCAAUGCAAAGGUCUAAACGUUUCACACAUGAUCUCUCCGUCCAAUGCGAUCGUGGCCUUAAAUACAUUACACGUGGGCAUGCUGACCCAGUUCAGUGUUUCGUAGGCACCCUCGAUGGCACGCUAUAGAACGCUGUGGCAUACACCCCUGUCCUAGUCACAUUUGUUCAUUGUUUCUUUCCGCCAGAUCCCGGAAAAAUGUGGGUUGCGUAGAUAGAAUACCAUCCCUGAUAUCUGGUAAGCAUUAUGUGGUAUCAGUAGUCUAUUUGCGCGUGCUUGCCGUGUGUUUACCUGACGUCCGUAUGAAGAUGCAAUCACCGUUCAGCUGCUGUGAUCUCACUGCAACUAGUCCGUCCUGCGCUCACGGGCCUGACCGUAUAUUACAUGUGUCUCAUUUUGAUGGACCGUCGCCGGUCUGACCGUUGUUACAGCACAUCUCUACCGCCAGCGGCGUAGAUACGUUAAUGUAUAUGUAUAUAUUUUCAAAUACACUUGAUGCCAAU